UGUUGGUUGUUAGAUCAGGUGGGGGUGAUAGCUGUGCCUCAUCCAUCUCUUACCGCUAUGCCUCAGUUAAUUAUUUACGAGCAACAUGGUCCUCGCUUUCUUUUCGCAGUAUCUUAGCAACAUUGAUAAAAUCACUUUAGAGGACAGCAGUAUAAUGGCCGCAACAGAUCUUCGUGGAAAGACCGUAUUUGUGGUCGGGGGUUCUGGGGGGUUAGGGAAAGAAAUGUCCAAGGUCAUCGCAGCUCAAGGCGCUCACAUUACGAUAUUUUCCCGCAACCAAGAACAACUUGAUGAUGCCAAAAAUGAAAUCCUUGCAGUCAGGCAGGAUGAAGCUCAGAAGAUCAGUGCUGUAGCAGGAGACAUGGGGACUUCCUCUAAUGCACACUCGUCAAUCGCGACACAACCUUCACUGCCAGAUAUCCUCUACUGCGUAGCUGGCGGCACACCAAAUGAAUGUGGCUUUCUGCUAGAUCUAACACCCGAGGUUUUCGAGCGAUGCAUGACAAACAAUUACUACUCCAGCGUAUAUCCAGCCCAGGCGGUCCUAAAGCAAUGGGUAGAAGACGAUAGCGUCUCCAUGAUUCCUAAAAGUCCGAAAAUCCGCAAGAUUAUUUUCGUGAAUAGUUCCGCCUCUUUAGUCCCAGCGCCAGGCUAUCUCGCAUACUCAGCUGCUAAGGCCGCCCAACGCGCACUAGCCGACACCACGCGACUCGAAGCUAUGCGCUACUCGAAUUCGAAGUCAACAUACAUCGUUCAGUAUAUUUUCGCUCACAAUUUCAUCACGCCGACCUUUAUUGAAGAACAGAAAAAUAAACCUGAAUUGACGAAACAGAUCGAAGGAACAACGGGCAGCCUCGCUGAAUUGGAAAAGAGCUUCCCGUACGCCGCGAAGAUAGCGCCAGAGAUCGUAGCUGAGGUAGCGAGUAAUAACUUUGCUAUCACGGACAAGCGAGUCGAACCGCAAUUUCUCUGGGCGAAUAUGAUAGGAACUUCUCCGAAGAGAGGCUUCGGGAUCAUCGAUUCCUUAUUAGCAUUCUUGGGGCUGUUUGUAUACCCUUUCCUUAGGCGUGAGAUGGAGCAAAAGUGUAGAGCCGACCCGUCGCGGAAUUCUUGAGUUACCCGAAUAAACGUACCACGUUGAGCCACAGAAAAAAAGUAUCUGCUUUUCAAGUCACCAUUGUCCGAAUAUCCCUCAUGCACCGUGGCCUCAAAGCCUUCCGUUUAAGCAUACUAACACCAAGCACAACCUCUUCGUGUCUUUUAUUUAAAUAUUACUUGCGCUUAAUAAUAACGGCAUAAAUAUGGAGAGGUAACAUCCCGAAAUAAUGAUUGAGUCAUGCGAACACUAACUGAUUACCUAGAUGCCUACCUAGGUACUUAGGCGACCAUCUACCUAUAUAUGCGGGCGUCUACCUUAGCAAACUACCUAGGUA